GACCUCGACCUUUUAAACCCUUGACAAUAACUUUCGCCAAGGUCAACAGUCUUCAAAAGAAAGCUCUCGAGCACUAGUGAACAUGACUAGUACGGAGACCCCAGCACAAAGGGCUUUGAGGCUCAUGAAAACUGAAGACGUAACAAAUGGGGUCUGGAACUACCUCCUUAGCACCGCUUUCACCUUUCCGAAGUUUCUCGUUGUCCCCGAAUACCACUUCGUUACAACAGCUGGUGCCGGUGACGAAGGUUAUGCCGACCUUGCGGUUCUUAAGGUCGACGGCUUGGGGAAAAACAACCAUCGGAUCGUGUUGCUAUACGAAGGCAAAAAGGAGGGUGGUGAUUGGGCGAAGAUUGCAGAUACUGCGAGGCAAGCUAAUAGGGCCAUGGGAGGAAGGAAAAAAGGUGAAACGCCUUUUAUUGUCAUUGCGCUUGGUCCUUAUUUUGGCUUUCUCCAUCAUGAUCUUACCAAUGUGGAUGGAUUUGUCAGAACAGGCGUGAAGGGGAAGGACUACGUUACUGGGUUAGUUGAUGCAACAGACGGUAAAAAAGACAACUUCGAGCGGAUUAUGCAAAUGUUAGGGGAAUAUGCAAACACCUUUUAACAAAGAUUUGGAUUAGCA